CCCUUAUUGCUCCUCUUUCUUCAUCGCCUUCACCUUGCUUAUUCUAGUAGUGUCAUUUUCCGAGAUAUACUCCCCAGGACAACAGCCUCCCAAAUCCACCCCCUCCUCUCUCUCUGUGUUUUUCACUUUCCAUUCCUUUUUCCUUCCUCUCCCUCCUCCUCCUCCUCAGUUCAGUCCCUUCCCCUUCUUCUUCUUCGGAAGGAAUUCGUAAAGGCGGUCUUCAUAUUCAGUACUUCUGUGUUGAGUUUGUUUAAUUCCUUUGUUUCUUGUUGCCUAUCUCUCUCUCUCUCUCUCUCUCUCUCUGAGUCUUCUUCUCCUGCAAAGCCAUCAGAUAUUCUUUUUCUGAGAGUGCAGAAAGAAGAAAAGCAAAAGAGAGAGGGAGCAGCAACCAAUCUUCCCCUCCUCAAGUGUGAAUAUUAUCGCAGUCGUAUCGAGUCUCAUUUAGCUUGUCAAUUACUAUUGCACUUUGCUUUUCUGUUUGUUUCGUAUCAGAUUUAUUCUUUUCUACACAAAUAAAAAGCCAAAUCUCUCCUCUCUCUCUCUCUCUGAUAUAUUUAUAUAUUCUGUAACAAAGAGGAGCCUUCCAUCAAGCUUUGUUCCUUUUAAAAGAAGAUGCCCUUGGAAGCAGGGAUUUUCAUUGAGCCUCCACCUGCUUCUUCUUCUUCGUCGACCUCUGCUCCUCCUGAUCUUUCUCUUCACAUAAGCCCUCCAUCAACUUCUUCUUUGAUUUGCAGCAACAAUAACUAUGAAGCUCGGCACUACAGUACUAAUAAUUCUUCUUCAAACUCUAAUUUCUCUUCUUCUUUAUCUGCUCCUCGCUUUCAUGCCCAAACUGAACUCUCACUGGGAAGCAAUUUUGCUUGUGCAACGCAAGAACCAGUGACCCACCAUAGCAAAAAUAACGGCAACGCGAACCCUUAUUUUCAGACCCCCCACCAUCACCAUUUUCUUCACCGCCAGAUUAAUCCCAAUAAUAUGAAUAACUAUGGAGUAUCAUUGCUUGAUGUGUCUCCUUCUUCUUCGCCGGACGGAUUGAGGCCCAUCAAAGGGAUUCCGGUGUAUCACAACCGUUCGUUCCCUUUCUUGCCGGUGGACCAAAACUACAAGGAUAAUCAUCAUCAUCAUCAGCAGCAGCAGCAGCAAGCCAGGAUGUGCUUUUACAAUCCUUCUUUCCCUUCUUCUUCUUCUUCGUCUCCUUCGGGUUCUCCGUACAUGGCGGUGGCUGCCGGGGGGUUGGAUCCCGUGUCGGCGGCGGCGUAUAGGGGGGGUGGCACCGGCAGGUUUAAUGGGAUUUCUGGAGACGCUUUCAAAUCUCAUCAUCAUCAGUAUGGGAUGGUCGGGCCAUCUUCUUCACAUGACGCGUCUCCCAGUAGUGGGCUCAUGAGAUCCAGAUUCUUGCCUAAGUUUCCCACUAAACGCAGCAUGAGAGCUCCCAGAAUGCGGUGGACCACCACCCUCCAUGCUCGGUUCGUUCACGCCGUCGAGCUUCUCGGCGGCCAUGAAAGAGCGACUCCGAAAUCAGUUCUAGAACUGAUGGAUGUGAAGGAUCUUACAUUAGCUCAUGUCAAAAGCCAUUUACAGAUGUAUCGAACUGUUAAGACCACUGACAAGCCUGCAGCCUCUUCAGGCCACUCGGAUGGAUCUGGAGAAGAUGACAUAUUUGCAGAUCAAAGAGGAAGCAGAACAGAUCGAUCAGCACAGCAAGAUAUGGACUACUCUUCUACAACCACCACUCUAUGGAGCAAUUCUUCAAGUAGUAGAGAGCCAUGGCUUCAAAAUAGUACCAAGGAGACGGAUAGUCUAAGACCUGCCUUGCAGACACCACCAUUAUCAUCAUCAGGGCAUCAAAUUCAGGAGUGUGAUUCAAGGCAAAUGAAGGACAACAACAUAUCAUGCAUUAAUUUGGAGUGCAAGAACCCAAGCUUGGAGUUUACGUUAGGAAGACCAGAUUGGAAUGGCAAAUGACAUGCCUAAUUAAUUAAUAAUUUUGAUUAUUAAUUAUGAGUUUAUUAUUACCUCUCAAUCCAUAUCAUUCAUCCAAAUUAUAUAUACUAGUCUUUAUGCUUUUCAUCAUCAUCAUCAUCAUAAUCUUUCAUGAUUUAAUGGAGAGGGCGAGUUACAUAUAUAUCAUUUGGCUCCAACUGGAGAAAGAUCAAUUAAGGGGCCUCAUACUUUUAUAUAUA